UGCUCUUUCUUGAUUGCUGCCUGGGACGAGUGGCCAAGGCCAGAUAUGCGAGUUUUGGCUAAUCUCUAAUUUUAUCAAGCUUUUCAAACGUUUGAAACCGGGAAAGAUACUUAAAACUUGUGCUGAUAGUAUUUUGGAUUGGGGCUUAUCCACAACCGAUUCUACUCUUUAGGAAUCAUCCAUUGGAAACUACCCUCACAGACCCUAGAUCUUGGCUUCACAGUUCACAAAUGCGGAGAGGUAGUUUUGGCUUGUUAUUUUAGCUGGUUGCCUCUUUUUGGUCCCGUAAUUGCUCUCUCUGCAGAGGCAGUGAAUGGAGAAUUCUCCCUAAGGUCAGCGUUUAAUUAAUUGCCUCGCUCUGCUGCUAUAGUAUUCCAGGCAUCGAUCCUACUAUUAAAAUUGCCUGGAGGUUGCCAGCACGUCGGAUUCGGUCUUGCAGGGAUUGCCCGGAGUCAUUGAGUUGAGAGGAGGGAGGCGCCUUGUGCAGUUUACUAUCUCGGUGGGCGGUGGCCCGAGGCGCGGGACCUAUCCGGUGACUAGAUUGGGCCUUGCCCCUGUCCAUCAUCGCGAGGCUCUCCGCGCCCACUGUUUUGCCCUGAGAUUUGGAAACUGAGCACCGCCUAUGGGAAAGGGGGAAGUGAGGGGCGGUGAGGGUAAACGUUGUGUGUGUUCCCCCAUUUAUUGGAUGGCUGCUGUGUCAGUCAUACUCUGCCCACUCCCGUUGGCUGGAAGGCUCCAGGCAGGUAGCGUGGACGCGGCGCUGCCCCCUCCCGAGCUGCGAUCCGGGCGCGUGACGUCUCAGACAUUUGUUGUUGGGGUUUGGGCCUCAUUAAUUAUUCAUCAGGUACUUGAAAGGGCUUCAGUGAUUGGUGGCUAGGAGGCCUGGUCGAUUGUUUCUUAGCUAGAGAUACGUGUCACUCUUUACGCGGCUGGAGAAGUUUCGCAUAAAUUAUCCAAUGAGGGGCAGGGCGGGGCAACGCAUAAAUUAGGCAAAUGCGCCGAGGAGGGAGGGGAGGCCGGCUACGAAUUAGCCUAAGUUAUUAAAGAUGGCGGCGGAGCGGAGUCGCUCCCCGAUGGACUCGCCGGUCCCGGCCUCUAUGUUCGCCCCCGAGCCCAGUUCGCCGGGGGCGGCCAGGGCCGCGGCGGCUGCCGCCCGGCUCCACGGCGGCUUCGACUCGGACUGCAGCGAGGACGGCGAGGCGCUCAACGGCGAGCCGGAGCUGGACCUCACCAGCAAGCUGGUUCUAGUGAGCCCUACAUCAGAGCAGUAUGACAGCCUACUUCGGCAGAUGUGGGAGAGGAUGGACGAGGGAUGCGGAGAGACCAUAUAUGUCAUUGGGCAGGGAUCAGAUGGGACUGAGUAUGGACUGAGUGAAGCUGACAUGGAGGCCUCCUACGCCACAGUGAAGAGCAUGGCGGAACAGAUAGAGGCUGAUGUCAUCCUCCUGCGGGAACGCCAAGAAGCGGGGGGCCGUGUGCGUGAUUACCUGGUCCGGAAACGAGUAGGAGACAAUGACUUCCUGGAGGUCAGGGUAGCAGUGGUAGGCAACGUGGAUGCCGGCAAAAGCACGCUUUUGGGGGUCCUGACCCACGGGGAGCUGGACAACGGCCGAGGCUUUGCCCGCCAGAAACUCUUCCGCCACAAACAUGAGAUUGAAUCUGGUCGCACCAGCAGCGUGGGCAACGACAUCCUGGGCUUUGACAGUGAAGGCAAUGUGGUAAAUAAGCCAGACAGCCAUGGUGGCAGCCUGGAAUGGACAAAGAUUUGUGAGAAAUCCACCAAGGUCAUUACCUUCAUCGACUUGGCUGGCCAUGAGAAGUACCUGAAGACCACUGUCUUUGGCAUGACAGGUCAUUUGCCGGACUUCUGCAUGCUCAUGGUGGGGAGCAAUGCUGGCAUCGUGGGGAUGACCAAGGAACAUCUGGGCCUGGCAUUGGCACUCAAUGUGCCUGUCUUUGUGGUGGUCACCAAGAUUGACAUGUGUCCUGCCAACAUCCUACAAGAAACCCUGAAGCUGUUACAGCGCCUGCUGAAGUCGCCAGGCUGCCGGAAGAUCCCUGUGUUGGUACAGAGCAAGGACGAUGUGAUUGUUACGGCCUCCAACUUCAGCUCUGAGAGGAUGUGCCCGAUAUUCCAGAUCUCCAACGUCACAGGUGAGAACCUAGAUCUGCUGAAGAUGUUCCUCAACCUCCUCUCCCCCCGCACCAGCUACCGAGAGGAAGAGCCCGCUGAGUUUCAGAUUGACGACACUUACUCUGUCCCAGGUGUGGGGACAGUCGUGUCGGGGACAACACUGAGAGGCCUGAUCAAGCUGAAUGACACACUGCUGCUGGGCCCAGAUCCCCUGGGUAACUUCCUGUCCAUUGCUGUCAAAUCAAUCCACCGCAAGCGCAUGCCUGUCAAGGAGGUGCGGGGGGGCCAGACGGCCUCCUUUGCGCUGAAGAAGAUCAAGCGCUCGUCCAUCCGCAAGGGCAUGGUGAUGGUUUCCCCACGCUUGAAUCCCCAAGCAUCCUGGGAGUUUGAGGCCGAGAUCCUUGUCCUCCACCACCCCACCACGAUCAGUCCACGCUACCAGGCCAUGGUUCACUGCGGGAGCAUCCGGCAGACGGCCACCAUUCUGAGCAUGGACAAGGACUGUCUGCGCACCGGGGACAAGGCCACCGUGCACUUCCGCUUCAUCAAGACCCCUGAGUACCUGCACAUAGACCAGCGGCUGGUGUUUCGGGAAGGCCGCACCAAGGCCGUGGGCACCAUCACCAAGCUCCUCCAGACCACCAACAACUCCCCGAUGAAUUCGAAGCCCCAGCAGAUUAAAAUGCAGUCAACAAAAAAGGGCCCCCUGGCCAAGCGAGAAGAGGGAGGCCCGUCUGGAGGGCCAGCAGUAGGGGCACCCCCGCCUGGAGAUGAAGCUUGCUCUCUAGGGACGGUGCAGCCGGCUUUGUCCAGCGGUCUCCAGGCACAGCCCAAGCCCAGCAGCGGGGGCCGGCGACGGGGGGGCCAGCGUCACAAAGUGAAGUCCCAGGGGGCCUGCGUGACUCCUGCCAGCGGCUGCUGAAUCUCCCCUGGCCCACCCCCACCACCCAAGGGAUCCUUGUACUCUGGCCACUGUGCCACCAGAUGGGCCAGAGCAGCUCUGACCACCACCCGUCCUCCCCCAGGCCACAGCUGGAGCCUCACCAUGCUCCCCCCACCCCCAUUUUCCAGGGGGGUUGUAAUUUAUAAGCUGAGGAAGGUGGCCAGACUUCCGGAGGACUGACCAUCAUCUACCUUCUUCCCUGCCUUCUUCCUUACUCACAUUUUUUGUAUAUCUGGGCCCUUAGUUUUUAUUCUUU